AUGGUGGGAGUAGUGGGGGCGAAGGAUUUGCCGGUGGAGCCGUCGGAGCAGGAGUUCAGGCUGGGAUUGAAAAGUGGGAUCAUUCUCUGCAAUGUGCUCAACAAGGUUUACUCUGGAGCUGUGCCCAAGGUGGUGGAAAGUCCAUGUGAUUCUGCUCUGGUUCUUGAUGGGGCCGCAUUGUCCACAUUUCAGUACUUUGAGAAUGUGAGGAAUUUCCUGGUGGCUGUGCAGGAAAUGGGAAUUCCUACGUUUGAGGCGUCUGAUCUGGAACAAGGAAAUCUGGUUGAAUCUGUGCUAAGUAAGGUUGUGGAGGAGUUUGAGCAUUGCAUUUCAAGCCAAUUUGAGCUGAAAAUGAAAUAUUCUGAUAAGUUAGGACCUCAAUGGAGCAAGGAGGAGCUUGAGCAUUUUUAUGAAGCCUAUCGGAAAUAUGGAAAAGACUGGAAGAAGAAAUGA